AUUAACAUCCGGGACAGAAAGGGCAGGACAGCUUUGUCUCUGGCAGCAGGAGAUAGCAAAGCAUUCGUCGCUAGUCACGUGGUCCAGCUAUUGUUGGACACGUUUCCUAACAUUGACAUCAAUCUACCAGAUAAUGCCUCCCGGUCUCCACUUACCCGGGCAGCCAUCGGGGCCGAUAUAAGGACCGUUGAGGUCUUUUUGAGCCGCUACUCAGAGUCCGCUCUUCAGCAUCUAAAUAUGCCAGACAGUGAAGGCCGGACUAUCGUAUCUCACGCAGCUGCUGCAAAAAGUGUUUGUAGCGUGUACGUUCUGCGUCUACUUCUUGCAAAGCUCCCUCAAAUAGCUCUAGAUACACCGGACAACAACGGCCGAACACCAUUACGAUGGGCGCUGGAGAGAAACCAUGAAGUC